CAAGCCAACCCUUCACCUCCCAACACCUCGACCUCCUCUCUCCUGCCACCAUCACAGCGCCCCAUCAGGAUUGCCGUUUCUCAUCUCUUGCCUACCUCCGCAUUCCGACAUGUCCUCCGGAAGUGAUGAGGAGCGUCAACACGCGUUGGCUUCCUUCAAGGCGAAGCUACUGGAAUCAAGGGAGUGGGAGGCAAAGCUUAAGGCGCUACGAUUAGAGAUCAAGGGGUUGCAGAAGGAGUUCGAUGACACAGAAGAUAACAUCAAAGCUUUACAGAGUGUUGGACAGAUUAUUGGAGAGGUUCUGAAGCAACUUGACGAUGAAAGAUUUAUCGUCAAGGCGUCCUCAGGUCCUCGCUAUGUUGUUGGCUGCAGAUCAAAGGUUGAUAAGGCGCAGCUCAAGCAAGGAACCCGCGUUGCGCUCGACAUGACCACUCUCACAAUAAUGCGAAUGUUACCCCGAGAAGUUGACCCGCUUGUCUACAAUAUGUCUCUGGAGGACCCUGGCCAGGUUAGCUUUGGUGGAAUUGGUGGAUUGAAUGAACAAAUCAGAGAAUUAAGGGAGGUCAUCGAGCUCCCGUUGAAGAACCCCGAGCUUUUCCUCAGAGUUGGGAUCAAGCCUCCCAAGGGUGUUCUCUUAUAUGGCCCUCCUGGAACAGGGAAAACGUUACUAGCGAGAGCUGUAGCAAGCAGUCUUGAGACCAAUUUCUUGAAAGUCGUCUCUUCUGCAAUCGUCGACAAAUACAUUGGUGAGUCGGCACGCCUAAUAAGAGAGAUGUUUGGAUACGCCAAAGAACAUGAACCUUGCAUCAUUUUCAUGGACGAGAUCGAUGCAAUUGGUGGCCGACGAUUCUCAGAGGGCACUUCAGCAGAUCGCGAGAUUCAGCGGACGUUGAUGGAACUGCUGAACCAACUUGAUGGAUUUGACUACUUGGGCAAGACCAAGAUUAUCAUGGCUACGAAUCGACCCGAUACCCUGGACCCUGCCCUUCUCAGAGCUGGGCGUCUAGAUCGGAAGAUUGAGAUUCCGCUUCCGAACGAAGUUGGCCGUCUGGAGAUCAUGAAGAUCCACGCGGCUGGCGUGGUUACAGAGGGGGACAUUGAUUUUGAGAGUGUGGUGAAGAUGAGUGAUGGGCUAAAUGGAGCCGAUUUGCGAAAUGUCGUAACAGAAGCUGGCCUAUUCGCAAUUAAAGAUUACCGGGAUGCCGUCAAUCAAGACGAUUUUAACAAAGCAGUUCGCAAGGUAGCAGAGUCGAAGAAAUUGGAAGGCAAACUGGAGUACCAAAAGCUCUAAUCUAGGUCUG